AGUCUGCAUGCAGUUAUGAACGAAAUUUGCUAAUCGUAUCCGUGGUAUUAUUAUUUUGACGUUUCAAAAAUAGAGAGCUUGUGUGUAGCGCCAUUUGGAGGUGGUCAUCAUGGAUUAGCUCUCGUCCACUGUUUUUUGGGUUUUUUUUUUUUUUUUGGGGGGGGGGGUUGUUUUUUCGCAGACUGCGUGACGGAUACAACAGACUAGUUUGUUGCUGCUACCGUUAGCUAGCCGCGCAACUUAGCUAGACGUUUUGACGUUUUGAGUGAGCUUCACAGCAGUGACAGUCAGAGUCGUGGAGUAGUUUGAGAUCCUUGAGAAAUUCUCAAGGCGACAUGGCUCCAAAGGACAUCAUGACCAAUUCCCAUGCCAAAUCCAUUCUUAAUGCAAUGAAUUCACUACGCAAGAGCAACACACUUUGUGAUAUCACUCUGAGAGUGGAGAACACUGACUUUCCGGCACAUCGGAUUGUCCUAGCUGCCUGCAGUGACUAUUUUUGUGCCAUGUUCACUAGUGAGCUUGCGGAGAAGGGUAAAUCCUUUGUUGACAUUCAAGGACUCACUGCUUCAACUAUGGAGAUCCUGUUGGACUUUGUCUACACAGAAACAGUGCUUGUCACAGUGGAGAAUGUACAAGAACUGCUUCCUGCAGCCUGCUUGUUGCAGCUCAAAGGAGUGAAACGAGCAUGUUGUGAUUUUCUGGAGAGUCAACUCGACCCCUCCAACUGUUUGGGUAUUCGUGACUUUGCUGAAACACACAACUGCUUGGACUUGAUGCAGGCUGCAGAGCUCUUUUCCCAGAAGCAUUUCUCUGAGGUGGUCCAGCACGAGGAGUUUAUGCUGCUCAGCCAGACAGAGGUUGAAAAGCUUAUAAAAUGUGAUGAAAUUCAGGUGGAUUCUGAGGAGCCCGUGUUUGAAGCAGUGUUAAACUGGGUAAAACACAACCGGAAAGAGAGAGAGCCCUAUUUACCAGACAUGCUUGAGUUUGUUCGCAUGCCGCUGCUUACCCCCCGCUACAUCACAGAUGUCAUUGAUACUGAGCCACUAAUUCGGUGUAGUCUGCCCUGUCGAGACCUUGUUGACGAAGCCAAGAAAUUCCACUUAAGACCCGAGUUGAGAAGUGAGAUGCAAGGCCCACGCACGCAAGCUCGAUUAGGUGCCAAAGAAGUCUUGUUGGUUAUUGGAGGGUUUGGCAGCCAACAAUCGCCAAUAGACAUAGUUGAAAAAUAUGAUCCAAAAACUCAAGAGUGGAGCUUCCUUCCUAACAUUGCACGCAAGAGGCGUUAUGUGGCCACGGUGUCGCUCCACGAUCGGAUUUAUGUGAUUGGUGGCUAUGAUGGUCGGUCGAGGCUCAGCUCUGUGGAAUGUCUAGACUACACGGCAGAUGAGGACGGCGUUUGGUACACUGUUGCCACCAUGAAUGUGCGUCGUGGCCUUGCUGGAGCCACAACACUUGGAGAUAUGAUCUAUGUUGCUGGUGGCUUUGAUGGAAGCCGCCGACACACCAGCAUGGAGCGAUAUGACCCAAACAUUGACCAGUGGAGCAUGCUGGGAGACAUGCAAACAGCAAGAGAAGGAGCUGGGUUGGUGGUGGCCAGUGGACUUAUCUACUGUCUUGGUGGAUAUGAUGGACUAAAUAUACUGAAUUCAGUAGAGAGGUAUGAUCCACACACAGGACACUGGACAAGUGUUACUCCAAUGGCCACCAAAAGGUCAGGAGCUGGUGUGGCUUUGCUAAAUGAUCACAUCUAUGUAGUAGGAGGUUUUGAUGGCGUUUCACAUCUGGACUCUGUGGAGGUCUAUAACAUCAGGACAGACUACUGGACCACUGUAGCCAGUAUGACUACUCCUCGAUGUUAUGUAGGGGCAACUGUUCUGCGAGGACGUCUCUAUGCCAUAGCCGGAUAUGACGGGAAUUCUCUUCUCAGCAGUAUUGAAUGUUACAAUCCAGUUAUCGAUACAUGGGAGGUGAUUACCUCCAUGGCUACACAGCGCUGCGAUGCAGGAGUGUGUGUUCUACGAGAAAAGUGACCUAUGCCAAGAAGAACAAACACGAGCGGAUAAACCGUAGGAGGAUGGGCAGCUAUCACUUGACAACAUGCCACUAAGACAAAACCACAAAGGGAGGGGUUUCUUCACCAGUAUGCAAGUAGGUGUGCUUGAAAAAAAAGGGCAGUUUGGGUUGACUCCUUCGCUUUUUUGGAACAGACAUUAAGCUUCGUCAUGGUCAACAUAUUCUAGAAAGAAAGAGUCCUCUGAUGAGCCUGUCACCAUUUGCAUGAAUCUCUUUGAUACUUGUUGCUGUCUUCAUCUGAGGUUUUUUUUUUGUUUUUUUUUUCUUCCUCAUUUUGUCUUCAAAGUGCACUAUAUUUUUACUUGUCAGAUGAAGACUCAAAAUGAUGGAGCAGAUUUAGACUCCAGUUGCUGCUAAAUGCCUUAUGACUUCAUCCUACAUCCAUCAAUGAACAUCCACGUUGCCUCUCGUUUGACAUUGAUGAGAACUACAGUAGCUUAUUUUUAAGUACACUCAUCUCAUAUUGGCAUGGUCAUUGAUGGCUCAAUAAUUCAUGCCCGUUUUUAGAAUUCUUACGUAUACAGUGCUCUUAGAAACACAGUACUUUAAUACAAAUGGUAUCGUCUGAGAAUAUAUACAGUAUUUAGAAAUGAAUAUGUUUAGAAAAUGACUGAAUUGUACAUUUAUUCUGAUUAUUUUGCUCCAUUUUGCAAAAUUGAAAGGUCAUAACUAUGAGGCGCAUGCGACACCCUUCACCGGCGAGUGCUAAUAAACAUUCUGAGAAUUUAA